ACACCAAUGUAAAAUUCAUUCUGUUUCCAGCUCCUCUGAAUCCCUCCCACUCCCGGCUUCAUAGAUAACCCAAUCAGCCGCAAAUUGAGAGCCGCUCUGCUCUUGAAGGAAAGAUGGGGAUGGUAGUGGUGAUAUCGCUGCCGCUCAUAUUAUUCUGCAUUCUCAUCGGCGUCGGUUGCUACUUCCUCGGACGAAACAAAGGCAGACAGGACAUCCGUACCAAUCCUCAAGUCUUCGGGAUUCCCACUCCUCCACCUGGCCUUGGUGCACAUAAUCCCGCUUCGCCGCCGCCGCCUCACACCAAGCCUGACGACAACUUGGGCAAUGUCUGAAAACUCAUCUCCUCUGCUAAUGCUAUAUAUAUCCCCAUCUAUACCAUUACCAUACUCUCUGUUUUGCUUGCAUAGAAAAUCUGUCUCUGCUCUACCCUGGCUGUAUAUUAAGAAGGGAAGUGGCGUUGUGGGUUCUUUUCUUUCUCCAUCUUUUUUGUCUGUCACCGCAGCCACACCACACCUCCAUGGGUCGAUUUUGUUGUAGCAUUCAAUUUGCUGUCAAAUCUAUAUAUGUGUGCCACUGCCACAGCAGCUUCUCUAGCCUCCUCUUCUAGAUCCGCCACAGAAUCAUGUUCUUUGGAUAGCAUGCAAUUGAGAUUGAUACCAGUUUACAAAUAUACCAAACCAGAUAUAUAAGACAUGGAGCAGGCAACACAUAAUUAAAACAAGUUUAAAAA